AUGGGAGAAUGGCCACGUGAGGAUGGCACAAUGGCUUCGUGGGCAGAGCACACCAGGGGAGAAGUCCAAGCUCAGAGGAGUAUAUUGGAGUCCCAUGACAAUUUCUUUGAGGAGAAAUUGGCUGAGUUCAAAACCGAGAUGCAAUCCCGGAUUGAUGACUUCAAGGAGACCCUGCAGUCCUAUGGAGAGGACAUCGCCAUCCUUAAGAAGGCGGUGUUGCAGGGAUCUGCCUCAGGUCCUGAAGCCCCUUCCAAAGUUCGAGUCCCAGAGCCCAAAGGCUUCAAUGGCAACAGAAACGCGAAGGAACUGGAGAACUUCUUGUGGGACAUCGAGCAGUUCUUUAAGGCUGCUCAUGUUCCUGAUGGCGAGAAGGUUUCCCUCACCAGUAUGUAUCUGACUGGUGAUGCCAAAUUGUGGUGGCGAACCAGGAUGGAAGACGAUGCAGAGUCGGGAAAGCCCCAGAUCACCACUUGGGAGACUCUCAAGAAGGAAUUGAAGGAUCAGUUCCUUCCCACCAACACUACGUGGGUGGCCCAAGAAGCGUUGAAAAGGCUCAAACACACCGGAUCCGUGAGGGAAUACGUCAAGGAGUUCAGUUCCUUGAUGCUGGACAUAAAAAACAUGUCAGAGGAGGACAAACUCUUUAACUUCAUGUCGGGUUUGCAAGGAUGGGCUCAAACGGAACUACGGAGGCAAGAAGUUCGUGAUCUCCCUGCUGCCAUGGCUGCAGCAAACUGCCUGGUGGACUACAAGAUGGGUGGUGCCAUCUCCACCACGCAGAGAUCCAAGUCAAAUGGAGGCAAGAAGGCUAAGGCUGAGGGCAAGAAGCCCGGGUGGAAGAAACAAGGCAAGAAGCCUGCUGCAGGAGGAAAGCCAGUGGAGGAGACCACUAAGUUCAUGCAGCAGACCACCCGGAUGGCUGGAUGUUUUAUCUGCAAUGGCCCUCAUCGAGCCAGAGACUGCCCCAAAAGGGAGAAACUCUCAGCCCCUGUGACUGCAGACGACAAGGGAGACUCUGACUCGGAGACCGCUCCAAGAGUCAACCCACUACAACUUCUGAACGUGAUCAAUGGUGAGACCCCAGUCCAGAAAUCUCUGAUGCACGUCCAUGCAGUGGUGAAUGGUGUGUCAGUGAAGGCCUUAGUGGACAAUGGGGCCACUCACAAUUUCGUGGCCACCAGAGAAGCAACCAGGUUGGGACUGAAAUUGGAGGAGGACACCAGUCGGAUCAAGGCAGUCAACAGUAAAGCCCAAAAGAUCCAAGGGAUAGCCAAGAACGUCCCUAUACAGAUCGGUAACUGGAAGGGUACGUGUAGUUUACUUAGUGUGCCUUUGGAUGAUUUUGAUUUGAUCAUUGGUGUAGACUUCCUCUUAAGGGCCAAGGUGGCCUUGAUUCCACAUCUUGGUGGAUUGGUGAUGCUAGAAGAUAAGCAGCCUUGCUUCGUGAAGGCCUUGAGGAUGAAAGAUGGUGGUAAGGGACAGCCUGAGAUGUUUUCUACUAUUCAAUUGAAGAAAGGAUUGAAGAAGGGCCAGGAGACCUAUGUUGCAGCCUUGAUCGAGAUCAAGGAGGGACAGUCAAUGGAAGUCCCUGAUUCAGUGGUCAGAAUCCUUAAGAAGUUCAGAGAUGUGAUGCCUGCAGAACUCCCCAAGGAGUUGCCACCUCGGCGACCCAUUGACCACAAAAUCGAGCUGCUACCUGGAACAAAGGCCUCGACUCAAGCCCCUUACCGAAUGCCUCCUGCAGAGUUGCUGGAGUUACGGAAGCAAUUGAAGGAGUUGCUUGAUGUCGGUCUGAUCCAGCCCUCCAGGGCCCCAUAUGGUGCACCAGUGCUGUUUCAAAAUAAGCAAGAUGGCUCACUCCGCAUGUGUGUGGACUACACAGCCCUCAAUAAGGUGACCAUCAAGAACAAGUACCCGAUACCCUUGGCUGCUGAGCUAUUUGACAGAUUGUCAAAAGCUUCUUAUUUCACCAAGCUGGACUUGAGAUCGGGCUACUGGCAGGUUCGAAUUGCAGCAGGAGAUGAAGGGAAAACCACUUAUGUAACUCGGUAUGAAUCAUACGAGUUUUUGGUAAUGCCUUUUGGCUUAACAAAUGCUCCUGCUACAUUCUGCAAUUUAAUGAAUGAUGUUCUGUUUGAUUAUUUGGAUGCCUUUGUGGUAGUGUAUCUAGAUGACAUUGUUAUUUAUAGCAAGACAUUAACAGAACAUGAGAAACACUUGAGAUUGAGGGAGACUAGGUUUUAUGUGAAGCCAGAGAAAUGUGAGUUUGCUCAGGAGAAGAUCACAUUUCUAGGACAUAAGAUCAGUGCAGGACUGAUCAGGAUGGACAAGGGCAAGGUGCAGGCUAUUAUGGAGUGGUCAGUCCCUACCAAAGUGACAAAGUUGCGGUCCUUCCUUGGCUUGGCCAACUACUAUAGAAGGUUCAUUAAGGGGUAUUCAAAUAGGGUGUCUCCCCUUACUGACCUGUUGAAGAAGGACAACUCAUGGGACUGGAGCAUCAGUGAAGGGCACCCUGUGGCGUUUGAAAGCAGGAAGCUGAAUAAUGUAGAGCAGAGGUACAAAUUGAAAUAUCGGUCUGAUGGUUUAGUGGAAAGAAACAAAGCUAGGCCGGUUGCUCAAGGUUUCACCCAAACUCCGGGAGUGGAUUAUUUUGACACAUUCAGCCCUAUUGUGAAGUCCUACACUAUCUGUCUCAUUCUUGCCUUGGCAGUCUCUUUUCAAUGGCCGGCCCCUAAAGUUUGGUUUCAUAAGCUUCGGGUCACCUUAGUUGAUUAUGGGUUUCAGCCCUCAUGUGCUGACAUGUCCCUCUUCAAUUACCACACUGCUUCAGAGGUGCUUAUUCUCCUUGUAUACGUCGAUGACAUUUUGCAAAAGUAUAUUACAGACUUGCUCAACCGCACUCACAUGGAGAACUCCAAGCCUACACCCACACCAGGUAGCCUUGGACACACACUCUCUCAGUCGAAUGGUGUGCCUCACCCCUCUGAAUAUCGUCGAAUAGUGGGGACUCUACAAUAUGUCACUUUAACAAGGCCUGAUAUUGCCUUUGUCGUAAACAAAGCAUGUCAGUUCAUGGAUAUAGUGAUGCUAACUAGGCAUCUUGUCCCGAUGAUCGUCGAAGCACCAACGGCUACUGUGUCUUUCUCAGCUCAAAUCUUAUAUCCUGGUCCUCCUCCAAACAACGCUUGCAAUAUUGAGAUUUUUUUGUUCAAGGAGAGGGUAAAAUGCAAUGGCUUCUUUGGUGGGUUCAUCAUGACUCCAUCCUCCUCUUCCUCAUCCUCAUCGUCAUACUGGAUGUCAUCCACGGUUGAAGACGACAUGAACGGCACCACAACAGCAGCAACACCGGGACCUCUGUUUCAUGGCCGAAGCAAAAGCUGGGGUCGGGCAUUCGCAAGUACCAUGAGAGCCUUGAGCAAGCCAUCAUCGUCCAAAGUUGAAUACAAAAAUGCAGGGAAGAGAGACAUUACACCCAAUAAACCCAACUUGACUGCUAUUCCUUCCUUGCUGGCUAUGAGAGGCUAA